AUGACGGACAAUGGCAACCAGUACAUUUGUGUUAUCAUUGAUUAUAUGACGAAGUGGCCCCAGGCUUAUCCCCUCAAAUCUAAGGCUGCCAGGGAGGUUGCAGAUUGCCUUUUAAAGUUUGUGCAUCAGUUUGAGGCACCUAAGAGAGUCCUCACAGACCAGGGGAAGGAGUUUGUAAACACACUGAACAGUCAUAUCUGCAAAGUCCUUAAUAUCAAAAGGUCAUUGUGUGCACCCUACCAUCCACAGACCAACGGGCUUGUGGAAAGAAUGAACGCAACAAUACAGAGAUCCCUUUGCAAGCUUGUCAAAGACAAGCCCAAUGACUGGGACAAGCACCUCGAUGCUGUUAUGUUUGGGCUUCGCACAAAGCGGCAGAUGACAACAAAGUACUCGCCAUACUUUUUAAUGUUUGGAAGAGAGGCCCGUUACCCUUCCGAAAUACCUGAGCACUAUCAGAUUGACAAGAGUGUGGAGGACACACUGUCAAUCGAGGAAUUAACUGAAUCGGCUAUUGCCAUCAGUGAGGUUUUAACUGAGGCUCAUAUAAAUAACAGAGCUUCACAGGAAAGGAUAAGGCGAGGAACAAAACAAAAGAAAGCACAAAGAAAGAGUUUCAAAGUGGGGGACAAAGUGUGGAGGGAAAAUAAAAGGAGCCAACAACGUAAGGGUGGCAAACUGGAGGCAAACUUUCUUGGCCCCUAUACAAUCACUGUAUUGGAAGGCAAAAGUGCAGACCUGGUAGAUGAAAGGGGUGUAACAUUCCCCAAAAUAAAUGUUGACCAUUUAAGGCUACAUGUUGAGGAAUUACCCCGCAUACCACAUAAACUAAACUCUUCAUCACAAUCAGUUUCAGUUCCUGUGGGCUUUGCAUCCCCCUCCUCACCAGCAACUCCACCACGAGUGCCAUCACCAGCAUCUCCACCACCAGUCCCAUCACCAGCAUCUCCACCACCAGUCCCAUCACCAGCAUCUCCACCACCAGUCCCAUCAUCAGCAUCUCCACCACCAGUCCCAUCACCAGCAUCUCCACCACCAGUCCCAUCGCCAGCAUCUCCACCACCAGUGCCAAAACUGCCUCCAACCUGCUCCUUACCGGCAUCUCCACCACCAGUGCCAUCAGUCCAUGUGGUCUCUCCAGCCCCCUCCUCACCGGCAUCUCCACCACCAGUCCAUGUGGUCUCUCCAGCCCCCUCCUUACCUGCAUCUCCACCACCAGUCCAUGUGGUCUCUUCAGCCCCCCUCCUCACCUGCAUCUCCACCACCAGUGCCAGAACUGCCUCCAACAUGCUCCUUACCGGCAUCUCCACCACCAGUCCAUGUGGUCUCUCCAGCCCCCUCCUCACCUGCAUCUCCACCACCAGUGCCAGAACUGCCUCCAACAUGCUCCUCACCGGCAUCUCCACCACCAGUCCAUGUGGUCUCUCCAGCCCCCUCCUCACCGGCAUCUCCACCACCAGUCCAUGUGGUCUCUCCAGCCCCCUCCUCACCGGCAUCUCCACCACCAGUCCAUGUGGUCUCUCCAGCCCCCUCCUCACCUGCAUCUCCACCACCAGUCCAUGUGGUCUCUUCAGCCCCCUCCUCACCUGCAUCUCCACCACCAGUCCAUGUGGUCUCUCCAGCCCCCUCCUCACCUGCAUCUCCACCACCAGUCCAUGUGGUCUCUCCAGCCCCCUCCUCACCUGCAUCUCCACCACCAGCCCAUGUGGUCUCUCCAGCCCCCUCCUCACCGGCAUCUCCACCACCAGUCCAUGUGGUCUCUCCAGCCCCCUCCUCACCGGCAUCUCCACCACCAGUCCAUGUGGUCUCUCCAGCCCCCUCCUCACCCUGCAUCUCCACCACCAGUCCAUGUGGUCUCUUCAGCCCCCUCCUCACCUGCAUCUCCACCACCAGUCCAUGUGGUCUCUUCAGCCCCCUCCUCACCUGCAUCUCCACCACCAGUGCCAGAACUGCCUCCAACAUGCUCCUUACCGGCAUCUCCACCACCAGUCCAUGUGGUCUCUCCAGCCCCCUCCUCACCUGCAUCUCCACCACCAGUCCUUGCCACAGCAUCUUCAGGAGUUGUGA